AAAUUCACCAAAUCGAAAGAAUUAACGGGAAAGAGAAAAAAACCAUCGAAUUGUUAGAAGCCAAGGUGGCAGCACUAGAAAAAAAGGUUAAUGGCCAAAAAGUUGAGCCAAAAGUUAAAAAAGGAUUAAAGAAAAGCACUCCCUCUUACUACGAUUGCUUAGCUGAUUGUUCUCGUAAAGGUUUAUGCGGCAAAAUAACCAAAUGCACUCACCAUUGUAAAAUAAAGGCUCCGGAAUUGGCUGUUCGACGAGAUCAAGAAGUUCAAAAGUUCGUGAGUGCUUAUGCUCAAAUGGGUGAAAGUGCCAAGAACUUGUUUGGUUUUUUCUUUGGUAAUGAUAGUAAAAAUAACGGUAAAGUUAAAG